CUCAUUCUCUUAUGGGCCAGGUUGCUCUCAGCUUUUCUCUGAGUACGAACAAUCACUCAAAAUGGCUGGUGCGAUGCUGUUCGAGAGAGCUCAGGCUGUUUCUGUGACAAAUCGGAGUGAAGGCAUCUCGCUGCUGAACGAGAUCGUCUCCGAUCCCAGCAUUGGCGACGAUGACGAGGACAACAUCCGCGUCAAGGAACAGGGUAUUCUGCACCUGGGCGAGCUUUACAAGAAGGAAGGCAAGGCGAAAGAACUGGCCGAGUUGAUCAAAGCCACGAGACCCUUUCUCAGUCUCAUUAGCAAAGCAAAAGCUGCUAAGCUUGUGCGAUCCUUAGUUGACUUCUUUCUGGAUCUGGAGGCUGGUAUUGGUAUUGAGGUGCAAUUGUGUAAAGAAUGCAUAGAAUGGGCCAAGGAAGAACGUAGAACAUUUUUAAGACAGUCUUUAGAAGCUCGCUUAAUAGCUCUCUACUUCGACACUGGUAUGUUUAGUGAAGCAUUGCAAUUGGGCUCUGCUCUUCUCAAAGAACUCAAAAAACUCGAUGACAAGCAGCUUUUGGUAGAAGUUCAGUUACUGGAAAGCAAGACAUAUCACGCAUUGAGCAAUUUAGCUAAGGCGAGAGCAGCGCUCACCAGUGCCAGAACAACUGCCAAUGCAAUUUACUGUCCACCCAAGAUGCAAGCUGCUCUAGACUUACAAUCGGGAAUACUGCACGCUGCAGAUGAACGAGAUUUCAAGACUGCUUAUUCUUACUUUUACGAGGCAUUUGAAGGAUACGACAGUGUUGAAAGUCCCAAGGCGUUGACGGCGCUCAAGUACAUGUUGUUGUCAAAAAUCAUGUUACGCACACCGGAGGACGUUCAGGCUAUCAUGUCGGGUAAAUUGGCGGUGAAAUACGCGGGAUUGGAUCUGGACGCUAUGCGGGCUGUAGCGGAGGCUAGCCAUCGGCGGUCGCUAGCGGACUUUCAAAAGGCGGUUAAACAAUAUCGACAAGAAUUGGAAGACGACGUGAUCGUACGCGCGCAUCUCGGUUCUCUCUAUGACGCGAUGUUGGAACAAAAUCUGUGCCGUUUAGUCGAACCUUACUCCCGAGUGCAGGUAAGUCACAUCGCCUCGUGCAUAUCCCUGCCGUUGGCUCAAGUAGAAAAGAAACUAUCGCAAAUGAUUCUGGACAAGAAGCUGCGAGGAGUUCUCGACCAAGGGGAAGGUGUUCUGAUCGUCUUCGAGGACACGCCGCGCGACAAAACUUACGAAAUCGCAUUAGACACGAUACACAGCAUGGGAAAGGUUGUCGAUACACUUUACCAGAAAGCCAAGAAGCUCACCUAGCCCUGUUUAAUAUAUAUUUAUACAAAGAAAAAUCUAUCGCAAUUAUUAUAAUAAUAUUAUUAUUAUAAUUAGUUAUUCUCAUUAAAUACUGUCGAUUAACUGUGUUUCUUUUUGUAAUUAACAAUUGGACGAUGAUAUAAGCGCCGCGAUAAAAGGCUGACUCGCCCCUUUAUCGAUGCGUUUUUUACGUAGAAAAAACAAAAAAAAAACUCGCUUUUAUCGCUCUAGUAUAUUAGGCGUUGUUUAAAAAUUACAAGAUAAUUACAAAGUGAUCGAUCAUCCAGCUUCGAGACUCUCGAAUCCUUUUUAAAUUAAUCUGUUUUCUUAACAAAUUUGUUUUUCGUUAAACGCUCUUCGAGAAGGUGAAGAAAAAAUAAUUUGUCAUGAUGUCGAAAAACAUUGAAAUAUAAAAAACAGUGAGAGAAUUUA